AUGUUCUUCAGGGGAAGAAUCUGGCUUUGGUUACCCAUCAGAACAGGUAUCAUUCUAGGAAGUGAGCUAAAUAUCCCAGAGCGACAUGGUAAAAAUAACUGUUAUCAGCUUAACAGGUUUCACUGCAGCUACGAGGAGGCAGAAAAUUACUGUCGUGUCCAGGGAGGACACCUUGCUUAUACUUGGAACCUGAGGGUCCGGGAUCUUCUCUGGGACUCUCUGGAAGAAGGGAGUAAGUGGUGGAUUGGGCAAAAUCUAAAGCAGCUGGGAAAACGUCAAGAAAAAAACAACCCAGCAGGUGUCGUGCCCUUCUGGCCCCUAGAGCCCCCCAACUGCACUUACUUGUCCCGAAACGCCAACUGGAUCUCAUCAAAAGUGGACUUGUGCUCCCUGGGGCAUUCUUUCAUUUGCCAGGCUGAGGCCUUUCCAGACCAAGAUGAAAGACCUGGAAUUAAUUCUCAUUUACACUGGAGACCUGAAAAGAUAAGAGGAGAAGUUGCAGUACCAAGAAACAGAAGGACCUCAGCUACUCAUCCUGCAACCUCCUGUCACCACCCUGCUCACGCUGAUCUUUCCAAGACCCUUUGUCUUCCCAUCAGCCAAUUUCCUUCAACACUACCCAAAGCCACACAGCAGGUCCUGGCAGUGAUCUCGGCGCCUACCAGCCAGCAUCUUCCUGGUACCCCAGCGCUCACCAGGCCUGCGCCUGAAACACAGUCUGGGCAAGCUCUGGUAGUGGUGACCUCAAGCCCCAAAGAGGAUUCCCAGGCGGAGGUCUUCACCACUCACCUACAAACAUCACUUCAGGAUGCAUCCGAUCAGGUCGUAGACGAGAUAGCAGGGAACUUGAGCAAACCGAUUCAUGGUUUGCAAACUCACAGCAAACUACAGACAGCUUGUGAGAUGCUCCAGAAAUGGACAGCCUUUAUUCCAGGAUUUUCUGAGUCAGCUCAGGUCAGUGUCCUCAGUCCCCUUGUUGACCUGAAUGAGCAGUUACCUGAGAGGGCACUUGAGAUCAAUAGCAGUCUGAGCUUCGAAAACCCCGUGACCAUCUGCUUCGUUCACUCCCUCGUCAAUGUCAUGGAAGCUGGUGAAGCCAGUCUUCAAAGAUCCAAGCAUGACAUUGAGCAGGUAGAAAAUAUGCUGGAAAUGGCCUUGCUGGCCCUUGGGAAGAUCCAGGAAGUGUUUCUACAGCAGAACCAGUUUUCUGAGUCUUUAGUGACUUUGACCUCUUCUGUUGCUACUCUGAUGCUGAACAGCCAAAACAUGUCAACCUGGCCUCUGAGCUCCUACACUCUCUGGUCCCCAGCACCUGUGAGGUUAGGCUUUCCAUCAGCCUCAGCUUUGCAAGAGCUCUUGAACAGACACCCUGGAGUUAAUGUCCAAGUAACAGGACUAUCUUUCAAUCCCUUCAGGGAUUUUGAUGACAAGAACAUUGUUGGAAGCGUCGGAAGUGUGUUGCUAAGCUCUAAUCAUAAAUUGUUCCAAGUUGAUGAUUUAAUGGAAGAUAUUGAGAUCAUACUGUGGAGAAAUGUUAGCAUGGAAAUCCAUCCUACCAGCCUCAACGUGAGCUCAGAUCAUUUUAUUAUCAUAGUGGACAUCACUUCCCUAGAGAAAUCCCUGAUCCUGUGCAUACAACCUGAAAGCACCCGUCCCCUUUUAAUGACACUCUAUCUGGGCUUCCAGUAUCAGCCUAACCACACCCCCUUCGACUUGAACAUCACCCUUCCAAAGAAUCAGGUGUGGCAAAAAGAUGAGGAAUAUACAUGGGUGCUGACGCCAGAGAGUCUGCAGUAUGGGACCGGCACCUACCACCUAACAUCUGCCUUGGACAAGAGCCAGGAGAGUGCCCAGCAGACGCCCACCCUGUUCUCGGUGGUGACGGCCGUCACGCAGUGUUAUUUCUGGGACAGCCACAACAGCACGUGGAAGAGCGGUGGAUGCCACGUUGGGCCACAGAGCACAGUUUUGAGGACACAGGGUCUCUGUAACCGCCUGGCCUACUUUGGCAGCAACUUCUUCAUUGUGCCCCGGAUGGUGAACAUUAAAGACACGAUCAAGCUGUUCCUUCGCGUGACCAACAACCCUGUUGGGGUGUCUUUGCUGGUCAGUCUUUUAGGAUCCUAUAUACUCACAUGUGUGUGGGCUUGGAGAAAGGAUCAAGCAGACAUGCAGAAGGUGAAGGUCACUGUCCUGGCCGAUAAUGACCCCAGCUGUCAGUUUCACUAUCUUAUUCAGGUCUCCACUGGCUAUUGGAGAAAGGCUGCCACAACAGCUAAGAUGGUUAUCACCCUUUAUGGAUCAGACGGACGGAGUGAGCCCCAUCACCUUUGUGACCCUCAAAAGACAGUCUUUGAGCAAGGGGGACUGGACAUCUUCCUCCUCACACAGUCUUCCCUGGGGGAGCUGCAUGGCCUGCGGCUCUGGCACGACAACUCGGGGGCCAGUCCUUCUUGGUAAGUAGUAAACCAGGUCAUUGUCAGUGACAUGGCAGGUAAAAGGAAAUGGUACUUCAUAUGCAAUUGUUGGCUGGCCGUGGACCUCGGAGAGCACGAGCAUGACCGGGUCUUCAUGCCAGUCUCAAAGAAAGAACUCUUUUCCUUUAGACACCUGUUCUCCUCCAUCAUUGUAGAAAAGCUCACCCAGGAUUAUCUGUGGCUCUCAGUGCUAACUCGGCAUCCCUGGAACCGGUUUACAAGAGUCCAGAGGCUUACUUGCUGCAUGACAUUGUUUCUGUGCACCAUGGUCGUCAACCUUAUGUUCUGGAGAAGCAGCACCAGAGCCGAGAGAGAUGAGCAAGUGGGUCCAUUUCCUGUGACCUGGUCCCAGCUGAUCAUCAGCGUCCAAACUGCUGUCCUCCUCUUCCCUGUCAAUCUUGUAAUUGGGCGCCUCUUCCUGCUGAUCCAGCCACAGGAGCCCCUGCCUCUCUUUCCUCCCAGCCAAGCCUCCUGCCCCUCAGAUGCUACUUCUGAGCCUCUGUCUCUCACAAAGGUGGCUGAGGAAUUAAAGGAAACUGUGGGAUUCCUGCUCAGGAGAAACACAUACCUACUCUCAGAGCGGGAACAAUCUUUAUGGAUGUCUCACAGCAUUGACAAGAUGGCACCGCUUUUAGCCAGCCUCAUCUGUUCUCACUUGGAGGGUCCCGGCUCUCAUCAGCAGGCAGGACCCCAUCAGGCAAACGGUAAAGCUCCGCAGCCACAUCAUCUCUGCUGUUACCUGCUCAGAGUUCUGCAGCAGCUGCAAUCGCACUUACACGCCCUGGGUCCCGCCCAGGCCGACCAGCCUCGUGACGUCCUCGAUGCCACCAACCGACUGCAAAAACUCCAGGAGCUCUUGGAAACACAUAUUCUUCCCACAGAGCAGGGGCCCUCCAGAGUUCUGCAGCAUCUUGAACAGAGCCACUGGCUUGACCAUUGUACCAAAAGCCUCUUUGUGGAAUUUGUGGUGUUCAAUGCUAAUGUGAACCUGUUCUGUGUAGUGACCCUGAUUUUGGAGUCCAACAAUGUGGGUGCGUUCUUCCCCUCGCUGAGACUGGACACUUUAACUUCCCUUGAGGCAUCAAAGAAGGACUUUGCUUGGUCUCUCAUCUCACAAGUCAUCUAUUACCUACUAGUCUGUUACUGUGCCUUUGUACAGGGUCAUCGGCGGAAACAGCAGAGGUGGAGGUUCUUCACUAGGAAAAGAAACACUCUGGACACGAGCAUAAUCCUCAUUAGCUUUGUCCUCCUGGGUCCUGACAUGAAGUUAACUUCUCUGCGUAAGAAAAACAUGGCACAAUAGCACUAUGACCGGGACAGGUUCAUCAGCUUCUAUGAGGCAAUAAAAGUAAACUCAGCAGUCGUUCACCUCAUCGGCUUCCUGGUUCUGUUGGCAAUUGUUCAGCUGUGGAACCUGCUGCACCAUCACCCCAGGCUGCAGGUCAUCGGUAGAACACUCAGCAAAGCCUGGGACGAGGUGGUGGGCUUCUUGCUGGUCAUCCUGAUCCUGCUCACAGGCUACGCCAUUGCUUUUAACCUGCUGUUCGGCUGGAGCGUCUCUGACUACCGGACUUUCUUCAGCUGAACAGUGACUGUUGUUGGUCUCCUAAUGGGAAUCUCUCAUCACGAGGAGGUUAUUGAUUUAGACCCAAUCCUGGGAUCCUUUCUGAUUCUCACCAGUGUCUUCUUGAUGGUACUUGUGAUCAUUAACCUUUUUGUUUCCGUCAUUCUCAUGGCCUUUGGUAAAGAACGAACGUCCCUUAAGACUCUGAAAGAAGAUGCACUGACACAUGUGGUGCCACAGAAGCUCUCCAGUUUGCUAGGAAUCCAGGGGCACCGGAACACUGAGCAAACAGCCAUGACAGCAGUGGGCAGUAACACUAAGGCUUUAAAAGAUGAGCUAUUUGGGGGCACCUGGGUGAUUAAGUCGGUUAGGUGUGUCAAGUCAUGAUCCCAGGGUCCUGGGAUCCA